UCUCGCUUCGUAUAAACAACACAAUUACUCAACCUCUUCCUUCUCUGCAAAACGCACCGGCUCCGGUGGACAAAUAAAAUGGCGGUCACGGACUUCUUUGCCGGAGAGAUUGCCACCGAGCUUCUUAAAAUGUUAAUAACCAUUACAAGAAAGGCCUGCCUCUGCAAGCCCAGCGCCGAGCAGCUUAAACUUUCCAUCGAAGAACUCCUUCCCAUCAUCGAAGAAAUCAAGUACUCCGGCGUGGAGUUAACCCCGACACGUCAGAUGCAGCUCGAUUCUCUCUCCAGAGCUCUCCGCGACGGCCUCGAACUCGCUGGAAAAGUCCUCGUCUCCAGCCGUUGGAACGUCUACAAGAACCUACAGUUGUCGCGGAAGAUGGAGAAGGUCGAGAAGAAGAUAUCGAGGUUCUUACAGGGUCCGCUUCAGGCUCACGUCCUCGCUGACGUGCAUCACGUGAGAUUCGAGACCACUGAGCGGUUUGAUCGACUUGAGGGCUCCGCUCGGAGGCUGGAGCAGCGGCUUGGGUCCAUGAAAAUCGGAGGAGGCGGUGAAGGAUGGUGGUUGGAGGAGGCGAUGAAUAAUAUGAACGAGGAGGAGCAAUAUGAGGGUGGUUUGGAAAAGGUUGGAAUGGAGCUGGGGAAGAGGAAAGUUAAAGGUAUGCUUCUCGAUACAGAUGAUUUGGUUGUUAUCGGGAUCAAUGGAAUUGGCGGCAGUGGUAAAACUACUUUAGCCAGAGAAAUUUGCAGAGACGAUGAAGUACGAAGUUACUUUAAUAAUGAGAUCUUGUUCCUGACUGUAUCCCAGUCUCCGAAUGUACAGCAACUAAGGCAAGAUAUUUGGGGGUUUCUUUCAAGAAGCAAACUCAAUGGGAAUUCUGACAUAUCCCCCCAAUGGCCACUUAAUCAAUAUAACCAUCGGAACACAGUGACACCCACCCUGGUAGUUUUGGACGAUGUUUGGUCAGAUCAAGUUCUCCACCAGCUUAUCUUCAAUGUUCCUGGUUGCAAAACUCUUGUGGUUUCGCGCAUCAAGUUUCCAUCUAAAGUUCUCAACUCAACCUAUGAGUUAGAAUUGCUAAGAGAAGAAGAAGCAAUCUCCCUUUUCUGUCACACUGCUUUCGGAACAACCUCAAUACCUCCUGGAUCUGAUGAGAAUCUGAUCAAACAGGUUGUGGAGAAAUGCAAAGGGCUUCCAUUGGCUCUGAAAGUGAUCGGAGCUUCACUAAGAGAUCAGCCUGAAAUGUACUGGAGAGGUGCCAACAGCAGAUUAUCAAGAGCCCAACCAAUAUGCGAUUCCCAUGAAAUCGAGUUGCUCAACAGGAUGAAACUCAGCAUCGAUUACCUCUCAGAAAAAGUGAGAAACUGCUUUCUUGAUUUGGGUUCUUUCCCAGAAGACAAAAAGAUCCCUCUAGAUGUUCUUAUCAAUAUAUGGACUGAGCUUCAUGACAUCGAUGAUGAAGAAGCUUUUGCCAUUAUUCUCGAGCUCUCAAACAAAAAUCUUCUCACCCUUUUGAAAGAAGAAAGGGCUGGAGAUAUAUAUAGUAGCCACUGUGAGAUCUCAGUGUGUCAACAUGAUGUGUUAAGAGACCUUGCUAUUCAUAUGAGCAGCUUUGAGAGUGUUAACAACAGAAGAAGACUUGUUAUGGCAAGAAGAGAAAAAGGGUUACCCAAAGAAUGGGAGAGGAACAUCGAUCAGCAAUUUCUUGCAAGAAUUGUUUCAAUUCAUACAGGUGAAAUGAAAGAAACGGAUUGGUCAAAAAUGGAAUUUCCUAAAGCUGAAGUCUUGAUCUUGAAUUUUGAUUCAACUGAUUAUUUCCUUCCUCCAUUCAUUGAAAACAUGCCAAAACUUAGAGCUUUAGUUGUAAUAAACUACGACACAAAAACCGCAGAGGUUCUAAACUUAUGGGUGUUAGGUAAAUCCUCCCACUUAAGAAGCAUCUGGAUGGAAAAAAUCACAAUUCCUGAACUACCAAAGACGAUAAUACCCUUCACAAACCUAGAAAAAAUCUCUUUUCUCCUCUGCAAGAUAAACCUAAGAGAGGAAUCAGAACUAGACCUCUCCCAUAUAUUCCCACACCUCUCCCACCUCACAAUGGACCACUGUACCGAAAUGACGAAACUACCCUCGAGCAUUUGUCAGGUGAAAACGUUACGGGUUUUAAGCAUUACAAGCUGUGAGAGUCUUGAGGAGCUUCCUUUUGAUAUCGGGAAGCUGAUUUUUUUAAGGAUUUUGAGAGUGUACGCGUGUCCAAAGCUGAAAAAGCUUCCGUGUGGAAUCAAGAAUUUGGUAUGGUUGGAUUAUAUUGAUGUUUCUCAGUGUCUGAAUCUUGAAUGUCUGAAUGAGGAAAUAGGUGGGUGUGUGAGUUUGAAGGAGAUAGAUAUGAGGGAAUGCCCGAGGAUUAAGAGGUUGCCAAGAUCGAUUAAGUGGUUGAGAUCAUUGAGAAGGGUGAUUUGUGAUGAAGAGAUUUCAUGGGAGUGGAAAGAAAUGGGGAAAGAGUUGACUGAUCUUUGUGUUAAAGUGGCAGAAGAGUCAUUUAGUCUAGAUUGGCUUAAUGAGUAGAUAAAUUAUACAGUAUACUCUAAUUUUCUAUCUUUUUUGUUUUGUAUAUAAUAUAGCUUCUAUAGAUAUUAUGUAGAUAGUCAUAGAAUAUAGAUAUAGAUGAAAUUAUAUAUUGAUCCGUAGUUAGCAUACGGAUUUUAAUUGAAAGCCUAUUAAUUUCUAGGAUUUUCUAAAUAACAAGAUAAAAGAAAGGUUUAAAUUUA